AUGUGCUUUCCUUCCAGAGAGGACCAUGAUAAGAACAUGAUCAGCGCCGAUGGCUUCUCUAAAUGCGUGGCGACCCUGCGAGAGACGAGCAGGAGGAGACCACCUGCUGAGAUGCUCCAUCUGCUGUCGGCUGUCAUCGUCUGGCUGGUGACAGGCACGACCAUCUCCAGCCUCAACAAAUGGAUUUUUGCCGUGUACAACUUCAGGUACCCGCUGCUGUCGGCGCUGCACAUGCUGACGGCCAUCGUGGUGGACUAUGGGUUGAUCAAACUGAGGGUGAUCCGGCACAGAGGGGCAGGAGAGCAAGAUCUGACCCCCAGCGCCAAGUGUAAGGUGUUCCUGUUGAGUCUGACGUUUUGUGCCAGCAUCGCCUUCGGGAACAUGGGUCUGAACUAUGUCCAGCUGUCAUUUGCGCAAAUGAUCUAUACUACAACCCCGCUGUUCACGCUGGCCAUCUCCACGCUCAUCUUGGGGAAGCAGCACCACAUCCUCAAGUACACCGCCAUGAUGCCCAUCUGCUUGGGGGCGUCUUUCAGCAUCAUGGGCGAGGUGCAGUUCGACCAGACCGGCUGCUUCUUUGUGUUCGCAGCGACAAUGCUGAGAGGCGUCAAGUCCAUUCAGCAGAGCAUUUUGCUUCAAGAGGAGAAGAUCAACUCCGUCUUCUUGCUCUACCUGAUGUCCAUUCCAAGCUUUUGCAUCCUGGCCGUGGCCGCUCUGGCCCUGGAGAACUGGGCCGUGCUGGAGUCGCCGCUGCACUACGAUCGCCACCUGUGGGUGUUCAUCCUGCUCAGCUGCCUGGGCUCGGUCAUGUACAAUCUGGCCAGCUGCUGCGUCAUCACGCUCACCUCGGCCGUCACCCUGCACAUCCUGGGCAACCUGAGCGUGGUGGGCAACCUGCUGCUGUCCCAGCUGCUCUUCGGCAGUGAGCUGUCCGCCCUGAGCUGCGCCGGCGCCGUGCUCACGCUGUCCGGCAUGCUCAUCUACCAGAACUCGGAGUUCAUCGUCGGCUACCUGGACGCGCGCAGAGCCAAAGCGAAAGGGUCCGGACAGGCGGAGUUUCUCGCCGCGGGCGGAGAAGACCCGGACGCAGCCAACACGCCUAGAAACACAUAUCAUCAGCAAACAUCGGAGGGGAAGCAGGAAGAAACUGGACUGAGGUGA